AUGUAUAGGAUUUCUAGCAGAAGCCAACCGAGCUUGGCACUUCCAGCUCGCAACUUAACCAUCUCUGUGACAUUGAUCAUCGUCGCAUCGCUGUGCUGCUCCAGUUCUCGCUAUGGUGACUUUGUAUUUGAUGAUUCUGAGGCAAUAGUCAAUAACGAAGAUGUUCGAGAGGCACCUUUGUAUCAACUCUUUCAGAAUGACUUUUGGGGCACCAAAUUAUCUCAUAAACAUAGCCACAAGUCUUACCGACCCUUGACAAUUUUAUCCUUCAGAAUGCAUUACUGGUUUAAAGGAUACUUGGAUCCUACCGAUUUUCAUGCUGUGAACAUCAUUUUGCACAUCAUUGUCUGCAUUAUGACCUUAUUCAUAUUUGAAAUUCUUUUGGAUUGGAAGGAACCACAGAUAUCUUUUUGGGCUGCAUUAAUAUUUGCUGUACACCCUGUGCAUACAGAAGCGGUUGCUGGUCUCGUGGGUAGAGCAGAUGUUUUGUGUGGACUAUUCAUGUGGCUGUCGAUAUUAUCGUACUAUAAGUGCAUUCACUCCGAUUCUUUUAUUAUUCAGUAUAACUGUAUAGUGCUAUGCAUUAUGAACAGCGCUAUAGCAAUGUUCUGUAAAGAGACUGGCAUCACUAUUCUUGGUGUGUGCAUAAUUUAUGAUUUGAUUAUUGUAAACAAAGUACUGCCAACCGAUAUCUUAGAAGUCUUGAAACUAAGAUACUCAUGGAAUGAUGUAAAAAGAUUUUAUGAAAUAAAAUCAGCAUUUGUGAUCCGUAUUACAGUAUUAGUAUUGGCUGGCGUAUUACUUAUCUUAUUAAGAUUUAUAAUUAUGGAAUUUUCAAAACCAACAUUCAAGCCAGUAGACAACCCAGCGUCAUUUAUAGAUAAUCUUUAUUUGCGAAUUGUUAAUUACAAUUACGUCUAUUGCUUAAAUUUAUGGUUGCUGAUCUGUCCUGUGUGGCUAUGUUUUGAUUGGUCUAUGGGCUGUGUACCUCUUAUCAAUGGUAUAGAUUUGAGAAUUGGAUUCGUUAUAUUGUUAUGGUUAUCUUUUGGAGUAUUUUCUAUAUGCAUUUUUUCUAACAGAAAUUCUCAAUUAAUAAGAUACAUUCUAAUGAGCAUGGCUGUGUUAAUUAUUCCAUUUUUGCCAGCCAGUAAUUUAUUUUUUAAAGUUGGGUUUGUUUUGGCAGAAAGAACUUUAUACAUUCCUUCUGCUGGCUACUGUUUAUUAUUAGCUAUAGGUUUAAAACAACUUUCUGCUAAUGUGAUGUACCCUAAGAUAGUAUCAGCAUCCUAUUGUGCCUUACUCAUUGUAUUCUUUGCACGUUCCUGGAUGAGAAGCAGUCAGUGGAAAACAGAAACUGAAUUAUUUCAAUCUGGAUUGAAUGUUUGUCCUUUGAAUGCAAAAGUUCACUACAAUGUGGGUAAAAACGCUGCUGAUAGAGGACUCACUAACUAUGCUAAGUUAAAAUAUGAAGAAGCUAUAAAAUUAAAUCCUGACUAUGCCCAGGCUAUGAAUAAUCUAGGAAAUUUAUACAAAGAUGAGGAUGCAUAUGAUAAAGCUGAAGAACUUUUAAGUAAAGCUGUUGAAUUACAGAACAACUUUGCUGCAGCAUGGAUGAAUUUGGGAAUUGUACUCUCUGCGACUAACAAGUAUGAAGAGGCUGAAAAGAGUUACAUCACUGCUAUAUCACAGAGGAAUACGUACCCAGAUUGUUAUUAUAAUUUAGGACUUUUGUAUUUAUCUAAAAAAGAGUACGACAAGGCAUUUAAAGCUUGGGAAAUUACGAUCAAACAGAAACCACUGCAUCGUCGUGCUUGGAUAAAUACGAUUUUAUUAUACGAUAAUAUGGGAAAGAGAGAAAAAUCACUGGAAGUAGCAAAGAAAGCAUUACUUCUUAUUCCAAGAGAUCCUUCAAUACAUUUCAACAUAGGAAAUAUACUCGGAAAAAAAGGAAGCUUUGAAGAAGCUGAGCAUCAUUUUAAAAUAGCAAUAUCUGAAGAACCUAAUAAUCCAAGUUAUUAUACUAAUCUAGGAGUUUUAUACCACAGAUGGAAAAAAUAUAAAAAAGCUGAAAUCAUGUACAAAAAAGCCUUAAUACUGAAUCCACAUUCACAGACUGCUAAAGAAAAUUUAAAUAAAUUAAACAACAUUAAAUUAAAAACAAUAAUUUAA